AUGAAGAACUUUUUGUUAAAUCUUGAUCGAAGAAAUAAGAAACGCAAUAAUGUCAUUAGGGCAAAUUCCGAUGCCAUUAUCAUUACUAAGGACAAUUAUAAGAAAAAUAAAAUCAUUCCCUUCGACAAACAAUCUCUUUUCAAUGAAUUGUCCAAUCAAUUCAAUUCUACUUAUGCCAAUAUUAAAUUAUUAUCUACAUCUUGUAAUAAUUUUCAAAAAAAUCUUUUAACUUUCAAUAAAAAUUGGUUUACCAUUAUGGUUGCUUUCGAUAAUAUAUUUAAAUUACAAAUUGAAGAAAUAACACAUGAGAUGCCCGAUGAUAUUAUGGCAUGGAUUGAGACUAGUACUGAAAAAAUCGAUUUAGAAUCAUUGAUUAAAGAGAUUUUAAAGAUUUAUUAUACAAUUCUUAAUAUUUUGAAUUAUUUUGAAAAUACAAUCCAAGUCUCAUUGAAUGAGUUAGAAAAUAUUUGUUAUAGUAUUGAAAGAACCAUUAAAAAGAGAAAUUUAUAUUUCGAUGAAUUAAACCGUUUGAUUAAUCAAUAUGAUUCUAUUGAAGAUGUUAAUAUGCCCAUAGUGAUUAGACAAAAUUAUGUGGUUAAUGAUUCAGAUUCGAAAAUAAGGGCACAACAACAAAUCAAUAAACGAAUCAUAAAGCACAGAGAAUCGAGAAAAUUAAAAUUAAAUCAAAAAAUUAAUAUGGCAAGGGAAAAAUAUGAAAUAUUUAAUAAAUUGAUUAUUGACGAAUUACUUAAAUUUAAUCAAUUGGUUGAAUCGUUCAUGCAAGUUUGGUUUACCGUUUAUUUUUUCACUAUUUUAAAUAUUUUUUUUGAAUUACAAAAUUUUAUGACAAGUAAUAUGGAUAUUCAAAAUUUUAUAAAUUAUAAAAUAUAUUCUGCUACAGCUCACUAUGAUAAUGGAGAGGAGGAUGAGGAUGAAGAUAUCGAAGAAAAUGUAGGCAAGGGGGGAAAUGACAACUCGCAAGAUAUAAAUGAUAGGUACAAAUGUCUUUCGCCGAUUGAAAAAAACAUAGAAAAUGCCAAGGUGUUGGGCGAAAAUGUUCUUGAAGAAUAUUAUCGGGCCUCACUUCCUGUUUAUCAAGAUCUUUCCUAUUUAUCCAUUAUCGAUUUUGAAAAAUUUAAAAAAAAAUUCCCAAGAUCCCCAAAGAAAUAA